AUAAGGUUCAUCAACAAACUUCAACAAAGUAAUACCUUCUCUGUUUAUUUACAGUAACUUCAUUACAUACCUCAGAGAUUUUAUAAUUAAUUAUAAUUGUUCAUUUAGGUUAUAUUUACAAAAUGACUGAAGAUUUGAAGAUAUUAAAACAAGGAGCUGAAGCAAAAUUGUACAUUUGCAAUUAUCUUGGAAGACCUACAUUGAUCAAGGAAAGGUUCGUUAAAAAUUACAGACAUCCUGAUUUAGAUACAAAUAUAACAAAAGAGAGAAUUAAAAAUGAAGCACGUUCCAUUGUACGCUGUAAAACAGCCGGAAUUCGUACACCGGCUUUAUAUUUAGUUGAUUUUGAGCGUCGUCGAAUUUACAUGGAACAUUUCGAACGGAACGUAACUGUCAAAGAUUUUAUUAUAAAUUUGACGAAAACUGGCAGUGAAAAUGAAACAAACAGCCUGAACAUACUAGCUAAAAUGAUUGGCGAAACUGUUCGAACAUUACACGACACCAACAUUAUACACGGAGACUUAACAACUUCUAAUAUAUUGUUGAUACCGAAAAAUGACAAUGAUAAUUGGAUUCAAUGCUGUGAAUUUCAUUUGGUCAUGAUAGAUUUUGGUUUAUCAUAUGUUGACUCUAGUGCCGAAGACAAAGGCGUUGACCUAUAUGUCCUAGAAAGGGCAUUAAUAAGUACCCACAAUGACUAUCCAGAGUUAUUCGAUAAAAUUUAUGAUGCAUACAAAAGUUCUAGUAAGAGCAAUAUAAAAGAAAUCAUUAGUAAAUAUGAAGAAGUCAGAGCUAGAGGGAGAAAGAGAACUAUGGUCGGUUGAAAUGAUCAUUUUACCACUUUUUUUUGUUUGUUUUGUACUUAAUAUGUCAUAUUUAAAAAUAAACUGGCUAUAAAUUCUGAGUGGAAUAGGUUAUAGUGUCAUCAGCAUAUAUGCUGAUAACAAAAAUUGGGAAUUUUUUUAAUGUAAAAUGAAGAAUUAAUUUAAACCGGAAUAUGAUCGCCUUGUUUGUCUAGCAGUUACUGCCCCUGACAAUAAUCAAUAGUAUAAUAAUACUGCAGGGCUGGUUUCAAUUUCCAGUUGGAACUAGUAUUUCAAUAAAAAAAUUAUAUAUUUGU